AUGAGUAUCGACGCGGAGCAUAAUGGCCUCGCUCCCAUUUUUCAAUACGAUGGGAGGCCCGUGGCAGGCUUCAUUCCUAAAGGCCCAAUUUGGCUGCUCGUGCCUCCCUGGAACAAUUCGAAUGGCAAAUGUAUUAUCCCCAACCCCAAGGAGGAUGGGACACUGGUAAUUGGAAAUACCAAGCGAGGCUAUAUUAUGCCUACCUUGUGGAUUAUUGGAAGUCAUGUUGGAACCUGGAUGGAGAUUAUUGACUGA